AUGUUAGCCGUACCGACGGUUGUAGUUAAACCAACGACGAAUACAAUGGAAUCCAGUUUAUGUCUAAUCUGUAAUGCUACAGCACACGUUAACCAUUACGGUGCAAUUUCAUGUUACUCCUGUAAGAUGUUCUUUCGUCGUCAUAGCCUACGAAAAAAGAAUAUUCGAAUGUGUCGAAUGAAUGGUUGCUGUUGUAUCAACGAGCGAACGCGAAAGAUUUGCAUACCAUGUCGAUUAGCGAAAUGCAUCGCAGCUGGUAUGUCACCUGCUCUAAUUCGAAAAGCAUAUCAACCAGUAGUUCGUCUACCUGUCGACAAAUCUGAACAGAAACAAACAAGAAUAUCUUCGCUAAGUUUACUGUCCAACGACCUAUCAACAUUGCGAACAGUAGACUGGACCCUACUAUCCAAUGUUAUUCAUGCAUACGAUAAAUUCACUCUGAUUACGUGGCUGCAUCCGCUAAUCACAUAUGCCAAUAGUUCUCGAUUGACAGUGAAUCUCAAUGUUGCCAUUGAUUCCGUUGCUCUCAUUUCUACAUUAUACACAGCCGUUGAAUUAUUUUUGCGUGCAACGGCUGAUUUUCAAAUAUUGACAAUUGCCGAACAGCAAUCACUUUUCCAGCGAAAUCUUCAUGGAUUAUUUCUAUUAUACGCAAUAUCUACGUUACGCAAUGCGGGAAUACUUGGUAAUAGACAAAAUCAAAGAAUUGUCGUUCCUAUCUACGGACAAGCAGUUGUUGAUCGAGUAAGCAUGAUAUCAACUACGUUGGAUUCGAAUUCUCCCAUAGUGAAACUUAUUCAAAUCGUUUUCGCUUUUUCAACUAAUUGCUUUGCAGUUACUUAUCGAAAGAAUGUGGAUAGAGAUGCACUUCUCCACGGCAGUUUUCGUCUAUUUGGAAGUCAAAAUGUUUAUAUUACAAUUCUAUGGAAAUAUAUGCUGUAUCAAUAUGGUUUUCGAGAAAGUGUUGCUCGUUUUUCAACGCUUGUCGGCAAAUUGCUCGAUUUGAUUAGUAUGUCAUCGGAUGUAUACAACGAAAAUGCUUAUCAUCAAGUACUUGUGGAUUAUCUAGUAGAAAACGCACAAGCGGCACUUAUUGCGAACAGAAAUGAAUCUGUUCCGUUGUGGGGCCGAAUGAAAGACUCAGUUGUGAACUGA